AGUAUAACUUUGUAAUAAGGGUUUAAGAAUGUGUGCCUUUAGUUUCUUUUUCCAACUUUAUACAAAACACAAUUACGCUGGAACGCAUCCCGAGAUCUCAGUCAAACUGUUGGAAGCAACAAUGCUAAUGUGGUAAAACAAUGAAAGUCAGUCGGCCGCUAUUAAGGCACUUUCUAUUCAUCCAUCUUCAUGACACGUGUGUGUUUACAAAAAAUAUGAUCAUGAUGUGUUUGGGAAUGCAAACAAGACAUUGAAUCCAGAUCAAAUUAAUAUGAUCAUAAAAGUUACUAUACGUGUACAUUAAGCGAUGCAUAUUACAUCUGAAGAAAGGACGCCGUAUGCAUCUGUAAGCUCAUUUUUGGGUGAACUACUCCUUUAGGUCUGCCUAAAAAGAUUCAUGGGUAAUUUCAACUGGCACUUCCAACUAUGGAAAUAAUUCCCCAUUACAUUGAACAAACACACAAAGAGGAAAUUAGCUGAAUCAAAGUAGGUUCUCCGUGAGCAAUGUUAAAAAAAAAACUCACACUCUGACCUCACACGAUUCCUCUCUCAAACCCACCAAUUGAAUGAAAAGAGCCUCUUGACAAGGUGCUUUAAAAAGCAACUGAACGCCUUGUAGCCGUUCUCUCCAGUCAGGACAGCUGUGUGGAGGAGCCUUCUCUAAACAGUUUACAUGAGAGGUGAUUGUGGCUCCUCGGCCGCCGUGCACUUUCAGGGAUAAGGGUGGGUCUGAGGGUCUGACAGUUAUGGGUUGGGCAUUGGUGAUUGUACACAGAUCCCGGCGAGGUUCCCCAUGGCACAAUAGGUCACUGUUUCAACACCUUGUGAGCCGACUAACUUACAGAGCUAUUUGACACAUCGGCGGUGUGGUCUCAACGCGAAGGCUGUUCUACGUGACACCUCAGCACCACAUGUGUAGUUUGUGAAAGCAAUCCCAGACUGCUCUGGGAAGAGCGCACUGAGCGUUAAAAGUUUUUUCUUAGUUUUAUUUUAAUUAUUUAACUUUUCUUUUAUUGUUCAUGUUUUUGUGCAUAUUUACUUAUAAAGGUUUAAUUUAUUUUGUCACAGUUUAAGUUCGGUUGCAAUUUAUUUUAGUUAAAAAUUUACGGAAUUGAAUCUUUUCAUUUGACUUUAUUGCAAACAGUUGUAGUCAACUAUAAAAAUCCUGAAUGCUAUGCAUCUGAUGCUUUCUAUGUUUUUGUAUUUUUACAAAGGUGUAUUUAAUAGUGCUACUGUUAAAUGGCCCGUAAGGCAAUUUAGGAAUUAUGCGUUUCAUUAUUUUUGCCAGGUUCAAUUAUUUUAUUUGGAACAUAUGAAACAACUAAACAUUUUUUAUAUCUUAACUGAUUGCAAUUUCUCUGGUUUGUAUAACACAAAGUGCACUUUCAGUACAGUUUAGGACACAGACUGGGUUAUGGUUUAGAUCCAGAAGAUAGGCCUUUAAAAUAAACGCGCCUGUAAUACCCAAUAGACUGACAAAUAAAACAACCACUCAAACCUGUCACACCACACCAAAGUCCUUCUGAGAAGGGAAGAAAACUCUCCCUCCUGUUCAUACAUUCGAACACUGAGUUUUUUUCUUCUUAACUUUUAUAAACACAAAGACGAAGCCUGACAGACUCCAGGAGACAGAGUCGAACAGGAUCUCUUUGCCAGACACGUCUAACUGAACAGCAAAAUAAAAAAACACACCGUUUACCUCAAAUAAAUGUUUCUUUUUGUGAAACAGAGAGCAAAGCUUUACUGGUUUACAAUCGCAGUGUAGAUCUAGAACCUAUAACUGACAUUUCCAUUUAAACCGUUAUAAUGCCAUUAACAAUGUUGUAAUACAAUUAUAUUACUUAUUAAAAAAAAGAAGCAUUUUCAUUAAACACGGCCCAUUGUUUUGAGUAAACCUUCUUCCAAUUCCACAUUGCCAAGGUGGAAAACAGAUGUGCCUGGACCUGUGCAGCCUAAACAUAACAUGAUAACGGAAGAGAAUAAACCACCAAAACAGUUCACAGGGCUCACUUUCCUGAGGCUAUGAAUUAAUUCAAAUGUUGGAUGGAGAACUUAACACAUCACAAAAUUUAAGCAGCUUGUGAAAAGACACCUCAGACUUGUGCCCAGAGACCCCUCAAAAGUUCUCAAAUGACCAUCACAUUCACCAGACUUUGGUAGAGUAGAGCACCAUUAGGAUCUGGUGGAACUGCAGAUUUGUGUCAUGAAUGUGCAGCAAAAAUAAAUAAACAAAAUACGCCAGCAACUAUGUGAUGUCCCAUAAUGACAUAAUCCCACAAUAUUUUUUCUUGAACCUAUACAUAAAUUCAAAGAAUUAAGGUAAAGAAGGCCCAAGAAAAUAUGUGCAAGAAUGCAUAAACUUUUGAAUGCAAAAAUAUGCAAAAAAAAAUAUACGAAAAUAUAAACUAAUAACGCUGUAAAAAGCAAAUACACUCAUUCGAAGUCUAAAAAGUCAACUCAACGUCUUGCCUAUAAAACUGUAUACUUAUAUAUAAGAGUCAUCCCUAAUAAAACUCAUCGGGGACAAAGGCAGACUGGAAUCAUCAAAUGUUGUUUAUCUGAGAACAACACUGUGACAUGAAGUGUAAAACAAACAGAUAAUAACCAUCCAGAUAAUAACUCUUCCCUCUACCUGCAUCUGCCCCGAGAACCAGAGAGAGACUGAGGGACAAAUAUAAACAUCAGCAUUGAAGGAAAUGACCUCCCAGGACCACUGGAACCCCUCCAGUGUCGACAUGAGUUUAACUCACGAGUGAGCGAGAGAGAGGAGGGGAGGGGCAAAGCGAAUUUGCAGGCAGACACAGAAUGAGAGAGGAAGGGGCAGACGACGCAUGGAAGUUUUAAACCUGUGAACACGAUAGGUGAUGGGGAAAAGAGAUCAAAUCUUCACGAAUCAGACCAAAAAAAAAUCGUCCCAUAAAUUACGUUUUUUUUUGUUGUUGUUUUUCCUGUGCAAAUAUAAAACGUGACCAGCUAUAAUCUGAGGGACAUGCUUUCGCGGAAUUGUACAGCACGAGGUGAAUAAACAGAGGAAACCAAUCAGUUAAGUGGUGUAAAACACAGCAACACAAAUGGACGAUACCUUGUCUGCCUUGAUUCUGUUUCGAGGUUAAAACUUCCCGACCCAAGACAAAGCUUUCUGCGUGCACAUGGACAAACAAAAGAACAAAGAAAGUGAAAUCGUUGGAAACAAUCCGUAUUUCAAGCGAAUGGUAGAGCGUCAAUUGAACCGAACCUACCACCACCCUCUGAUCGGAGGGGCUCUGUGACAAUGCUGGCCAAGCCUCUGGAAAAAGCCGAAGCACGACUCGCCGAAGCAGCACGACUAGCCUCAGCAUCAUGUCCCAACGAGAGGCGUCCCUGCUGGAGCUCAACCCAACGUGGAGCAGCGACGGUACAUAUUCUCAGUUCGGAGAUCGACUCCGUUGGGCUGCGUUGCUUAUUGUUUUGGUCAUCAUUCCCACCAUCGGUGGAAAUAUCCUGGUCAUUCUUGCAGUGUCAUUGGAAAGAAAACUCCAAAACGCCACUAACUUCUUCCUGAUGUCUUUGGCUGUGGCCGAUCUGCUGGUGGGUGUGUUAGUCAUGCCCAUUGCUCUGGUGACUGUGCUAUUUCACUCCAGAUGGCCUCUUCCAGAUUUCUUGUGCCCUAUCUGGCUCUUCCUGGAUGUCUUGUUCUCUACGGCCUCUAUCAUGCACCUGUGUGCCAUCUCUCUUGACCGCUACAUAGCAAUCAAGAAACCCAUUCAACACAGUCAAUUCAAGUCUAGAGCCAAAGCGCUGGCAAAAAUUGCGCUUGUCUGGCUGAUCUCUGUAGGUAUUGCAAUACCCAUUCCAAUUAAAGGACUACAGGUCUCUGCUCAUCCAAACAUUACUUUCAACAAAGACCACACCUGCCUGUUGUCACCAGAAGGUUUUGGGGACUUCAAGGUGUUUGGUUCCUUGACAGCUUUCUUUAUUCCUCUUGCGAUCAUGCUGAUUAUCUACAUGUUGACAAUCCAAGUACUGCGCAAGAAGGCCUACCUUCUGAGAUCGAGAGCUACAAGGGCUACCAUUUCAACAGUCUCCCAACAGGAACCUCCAACACCAUCUGAGAAACUAGUAAUUUUUGAAGGAAUGAAAAAGGACCGAAUACAGAACCUUGUCAACUCCGUCACAGGUGAUGAGCUCCCUAUCCGCAGGAUGUCCACCAUGGGGAAAAGAUCUAUGCAAAACCUGAGCAAUGAACAAAGGGCAUCAAAAGUCUUGGGGAUUGUAUUCAUGUUGUUUGUUGUGAUGUGGUGUCCCUUCUUUAUUACUAAUGUGACGUCAGUACUAUGUCAGGGGUGCAAUAGCAAUCUAAUGGAACAGUUGUUGGAUAUUUUUCAAUGGGUGGGCUAUGUUUCAUCAGGCAUCAAUCCUCUGGUCUACACCCUGUUCAACAGGACAUUCCGAGAGGCCUUUACGCGCUACAUAAUGUGUAACUAUAGUCGCACAAGGACUCCAAAAAUGCAGCGAAGAUCCAGGAUUACUUUUCCGUCAUCCGUUGCAGAAAACUCGAAGCGGAUAAUGAAACAUGGUAUGAAAAAUGGCAUCAGCCCUGUGAGUUAUCAGAGUCCCCUACGCCGUCGCCCGACAAAUCUACAGACAUCUACAAACAUCACAUUGGACACGUUGCUCCUGACAGAGAAUGAAGACUGUAAACCGGAUGAAAAUGUAAGCUAUGUGUAGCUUUGUUUUAUAGGAUCAGGAAUGGCUGGAUCGCAAGACAAGCCAGAGAUGUACUUUUUGCUGCAAGACCAGAUGGAAAAUAAUCGAACAAUGGAAUGAUCUAAAAAGGCAUGGGUUAGUUUUUCAUUGCAGCCAGAAAUCUCCUUAAAGCCUUGAGUUGGGGAAAAAGAGCAUCAAAGACUUGCUCUUGGUGUGAAAAGGCACAAUGAGGACUGAGUGUGCACAUUCCGAACAAGUGGGUUGACUGGGAGUACAAUGUGAAACCAAAAUGAGACAAUCAGGAGAAGCUCAAUGCUAUCACACUUCAACUUACCUUUUGGACAAAAGGGAAAAUAAAUCAGAUUUUAUUGCUAUAUAGCAGCUGAUAUUGAAACAAAACUGAGGGCUUUUCAUAUGAAAACAUUCAAAUGUACUAAAGAAUGAUCAAGAUGUAGAUGCUGAUUUAAAGAUGCUUUUCAAAUACGCUGAAUAAACUUUUCUGAAUUCAUUCUUUGUCUAUAAGGAAAAAACACAAAAUGUUCCUUUCAUAUUGAAUAUCCAUCCAAAAAGAAAUUGUCAUAUAAUCUUUGCUCUAAACCUGGCAGACGCUUAGCUAAAGCGAUUUAAAGCUUUCAAGCUUCACCUUAUAUCAGCCGCUAGGAGUUUAAUAUCACAUCUCAAUGUUCACAAUGCAAAGUGACCAAAACUCACAAGUAAAAAAAAAAUAAAAAAUCGACAUGACAUACAUUAAAAUGACAUGACAAAUGAGUCUGUAUAGCAAUCCCUAUGAACACCCACAAGACGAGAGGUGUCUUACAGUCCGGAUGCGCAGGGAUGAUAGGAGGCCCGCAACAGUAAGAAACAGAAACCUGUUGAAUUGUUGCAGCUCUGCGCGCUCUCUAAACACAGGAAGGAUUUACAUUUGGUUUUUUACUGCCAAUUGAUCAUGGGAAUAUCGCAUGGCCUUUUUAGGGCUCAAAAAAGU